UAUUGCUCUCUGCCUGAGAUACACUAACUGGCACUAGCACAGCGUUAGGAUUGAGCCUGGACCAACAGGUGGACCCUCAGUCAGAGCAUCCUCUCUUACAACAUCCCCCAUCACCCUCACCUUGCUCAGCAUGGAGUACCAGAGAACUACCAUGCUGUCACUCCAGAGGAUGUUGGGCCUCCUCAUGCUCAUAUUGUUACAUGGAGUAGUUACCUCUCCUCUUGAGCUCAACCCUCCCAGAGUGGUGGUGAGAUAUGGAGACUCAGUCUCAGUCAACUGCAGCACAUCCUCCACAGACCAUGAGGGGAUGGGCUGGGAGGCCACAUACGGAGGUACAGGUUUUGAACAAGAUGUCAACAUUGUCACCUGGACUGUGGAUAACCUUACUGAUUGGACAAUAGAACCUAAAUGCUACAUCCUUCUCAAUGACAGCAACCAACCCAUAGAAGUGCUUCCAGUCAUUCUUUACAAGACUCCAGUCAGCGUGUCCAUCUCUGUUCUGAGCCACUCUGGUCCCAUGGUGGAGGGGACAGAGUACCAGCUGCAGUGUGACAUCCUGAACAUCGCUCCUCAACAGAACCUGGUUGUGAAGUGGUACAAAGGGAAUGAACCCAUAGAUAAUGUAACUUACAGUAACAUCAUUAAGACACCAGUGGAUGUGUCAGCUCCUCUGAUGAUCAGCCCCAGUAGAGAUGAUGAUGGAGCUCAGUAUAGAUGUAGAGCAGAACUGGACCUGGGACCAGAGGGACCACAACACCAUCCUACAGUGACAUCAGAACCUCUCAACAUUACUGUGCACUACGCUCCUAAGUUCCUUCCAGGGAAUGACACAGUGGUGGUGAGUGCAGGCAGUGAUGUGUCUCUGGACUGCAGUGCUGAGGGGAACCCUCCUCCUGAGCUGAAGUGGACCAACAACACUGCAGAGGGAAAUGCCAAUGAGACCAUUGUAGGGCGCCUGCGUACUCUCUCUAUCUCCAGAGUAACAGCUAAUGCAACUUACAACUGCACAGUCACAAAUAGACUGGGCUCCAUCACCAAGCAAAUGCAUGUCCUUGUAGAAGUACCUCCACAACGUCACCUAACGAUGUUCCCCACAGUACCCACAACUCCAGGAGCUACGACCACCCUCCCAGCAGCAGCCAAGCCAAAAGUAGUUACCUCUCCUCUUGAGCUCAACCCUCCCAGAGUGGUGGUGAGAUAUGGAGACUCAGUCUCAGUCAACUGCAGCACAUCCUCCACAGACCAUGAGGGGAUGGUUUGGGAGGCCACAUACGGAGGUACAGGUUUUGGACAAGAUGUCAACAUUGUCACCUGGACUGUAGAUAACCUUACUGAUUGGACAAUAGAACCUACAUGCUACAUCAUCCUCAAUGACGGCAACCAACUCAUAGAAGUGCUUCCAGUCAUUCUUUACAAGACUCCAGACAGCGUGUCCAUCUCUGUUCUGAGCCACUCUGGUCCCAUGGUGGAGGGGACAGAGUACCAGCUGCAGUGUGACAUCCAGAACAUCGCUCCUCAACAGAACCUGGUUGUGAAGUGGUACAAAGGGAAUGAACCCGUAGAUAAUGUAAUUUACAGUAACAUCAGUAAGACACCAGUGGAUGUGUCAGCUCCUCUGAUGAUCAGCCCCAGUAGAGAUGAUGAUGGAGCUCAGUAUAGAUGUAGAGCAGAACUGGACCUGGGACCAGAGGGACCACAACCCCAUCCUACAGUGACAUCAGAACCUCUCAACAUUACUGUGCACUACAAGCCAGUGAUUGAACGUCUAAACCUGGACAGUCAUGUGAAUGAGAGUUCCACCCUGGACAUGAUCCUUUAUACUGUCAAUGGGAAUCCUCCCCCUAAUGCUGUGUGGUACCAGGAGGGCAGACAGGUCAAUGCCUCUGCACCCCUGGCCAGGACGGACUCAGGCCAGUAUGUCAUCACGAUCACCAAUGACAUAGGCAGCACCAACUCUACUGUUCACAUCACAGUGGAAUAUGCCCCCAAGUUUACCUGUCCUGAUCAAUAUAGAGUUAAAGAGAAUGAAAAUCACAACCUCUCUGUCACCUGUACAGUUGAUGGCUACCCUUCUUCUAAAAUCACCUGGUUGAAAGACCUACAGGAAGUGGAUAUCCCUCAAAGUCUGUCUAGGGAAAACAGAGGGGAGUACACCCUGGUUACAAAGAACAAACAUGGACAUGCCUCUCACACGCUUGUUAUUGACGUCUUGUAUGCUCCUGAGUUCCUUCUAGGGAAUGACACAGUGAGGGUGAGCAGCAACAGUGAUGUGUCUCUGAACUGCAGUGCUGAGGGGAACCCUCCUCCUGAGAUCUGCACUGCCACGAAUAGAGUUGGGACAGCCACUAGAACUACAACAGUAACUAUGAAAGAUUACUACACAAAUGUCAUUUUGGGGAUUAUAGUAGGUAUCUUGGUCAGUUUUGCCCUGAUAUUUAUCUUCUAUAAGUGGAGGAAAAGACAAGGACAUUAUAAAGUCAUACCAAACGACACCACAGAAGUCAACCAGCUAAACGAUGUUCCAUUGAUGACACUGUUGGGGUAGGCAACCCUGAUCCAGCGGGGUAUCCUACGAAGCAGGUUUGAGGAGUUACCGAGGUAAAUUUUAUCAACUCUGAGUUCAAUUCAGGAUAACCGGUCAUGUGAAAGUGUCUCACCCAUUAGCCAGGUACACUACCAGUCAAAAGUUUGGACACACUUACUCAUUCAAAAGUUUUAGUUUCUUUUUACAAUUUU